AUGGCACCGCCAACUACAAGAUCGGUUUUGUCAAUAGACUUGAAGAAGAAGCCAUGGGAACAAAACCCUCCUCUCCAUAACCGAUGGCACCCCGACAUACCCCACGUGGCCGUUGUUAACACCGGUGAAGUCUUUAGAGUAGAGAUGGUAGAUUGGACUGGAGGCGCUAUUAGAGAUGAUGAUUCACCACUGGACGUAAAAUCUCUUGACCUCUCAACAGUACAUUAUCUUAGUGGACCAAUUAGAAUUCUGGAUAAUGAUGGGAUCCCAGCCAAACCUGGAGAUCUGCUUGCUGUUGAAAUUUGCAACUUGGGUCCUCUACCAGGUGAUGAAUGGGGUUUUACAGCAACAUUUGACAGAGAAAAUGGAGGUGGUUUCUUAACAGAUCAUUUUCCUUGUGCCACAAAAGCUAUCUGGUACUUCCAGGGAAUAUACGCUCAUUCGCCUCAGAUACCAGGAGUGCGAUUUCCAGGUUUAACACACCCCGGGAUAAUUGGAACUGCACCAUCAAUGGAACUUCUGAACAUAUGGAAUAAAAGGGAGAGAGAUAUACAAGAAAAUGGUGUUGGUUCUUUCAAACUAUGUGAGGUUUUGCAUACACGACCUUUGGCCAACUUGCCAUCAACAAAAAGUUGUCUCCUUGGAAAGAUUGAAAAAGGAUCUAGUGAAUGGGAGAAGAUUGCAAAGGAAGCUGCAAGAACAAUACCAGGACGAGAAAACGGUGGAAAUUGUGACAUAAAAAACCUUAGUAGAGGGGCAAAAGUAUAUCUCCCAGUUUUUGUGGAAGGAGCAAAUCUCAGCACCGGUGACAUGCACUUUUCACAGGGUGAUGGCGAGGUCUCAUUCUGUGGUGCAAUAGAGAUGAGUGGUUUCUUAGAACUCAAGUGUGAAAUUAUAAGGGGUGGAAUGAAAGAGUACCUUACACCAAUGGGGCCCACUCCCCUUCAUGUAAACCCAAUAUUUGAGAUAGGCCCUGUUGAACCGAGAUUCUCAGAAUGGUUGGUUUUCGAGGGAAUUAGUGUUGAUGAAAGUGGGAGGCAACAUUACUUAGAUGCAACUGUUGCAUACAAGAGAGCAGUGCUCAAUGCCAUUGACUACAUAUCUAAGUUUGGAUACUCCAAAGAACAGGUGUACCUGCUCCUAUCUUGCAUUCCUUGUGAAGGAAGAAUAUCUGGAAUAGUGGAUGCUCCCAAUGCUGUUGCAACCUUGGCCAUUCCAACUGCUAUAUUUGACCAGGAUAUUCGUCCUAAAAAGAACAUAGUUCCAAUUGGGCCCCGCCUUGUCAGAAAACCAGAUGUUUUCAAAUGCACUUAUGAUGGGAACUUGCCCCUUACAAGAAAUCCUAGUGCUACAUCAUGA